UGAUUGUCCAACCAGCUGCUUGUUGAAUAAACAAAAUCAGUUAACCUCAUAAUUCUCUUAGUAAUGUUUUGCAAUCAAAAUUGUAGCUUUAACUUUUGACUUUCAGUAACAAGUGAAAUUGUAGCCUGGUUGUUUUGCAAAUGUUUAAAUAUGAAUUCUAUUUGAAGGUCGUGGAAGUUUCUUCAUUUCACAACAAAGUGAAGAACAAUUGAUUUCCAAUAAAGUCGUCCUGCAGAAAGUUUUUGUCACAUGUUGUUCAUCACUACAAAUUUGGAAUUGGGACUUUCUACUUUGGUGGACUUUUGAGAUUACACAUUUUAAGAGAUUUUUCAAAGAGAGUUACAAAUUGCAAUAUUUCCGUACGGAAUUGAAUUUCAGUGGAAAUGAAGAAAAGGUCAGGGACCAUUGUGAUAGUUCAGGCACAGAAGAAAAACUCCUCGACUUCCACCCGGUCAGACCCUGAGAUCCUGGGCAAGGAGGAGAAGAAAAAACUUCAAGAAAAUAGCUUCCAGAGGUGGCUGGAGUCUAAGAGACAGGAGCAGAUCCAGAAACGUCAGGAGCAGGAGGAGAGCCAAAGGUUGGCAGCCGAAGAGGAAAUGGUGAAGAAGGAAACAGCCAAACUCAGUUACGCGUUGUGGAAACUCAAGAAAGAUCAGGAAAGGAAAGCAAACGAGAUGAGACAACGUCAAAUGAAAGAGGAGCAGGAACAACAGAAGCGAGUGAAGCAACAGCAAUCCAAAGAAAGAGUGUCGCAGUGGAUGAGGUCGUCCAAGGUCAAACCUCGCCCCUUCCCCAGCAAUCUGGGUUUGCAGAGCCUCCAGGGUAACCAGCCGAAGGGGUUCUUCAACCCCCAUCCUUGGGUCGACCCUGUCUAAUAUUGAUUGUGUCCUGGGCAACAUCCAAUGGUCAGCGAUUGUCGGAUUUGGCGACUUCGGCCAAACUUUCAACAUGUUUCACACCUUUAUGAUAAAUAUAUGUUUUGCUCUGAUGUACCGAA